GGAAUCUGGGGCUGAUUCUGGAGUCACAAUGCCAAUUCUGUUGGAACAGUGUUUCAUGCCGGACAAAGGAAAGUUUUCCGUUUAUUCUGACAAUCUAAUUAUUGGCAACUUUUUGGAUGGUGUCAUUUUAUUCAUGAUUUGGGAUUUUUUACUAAUUUUAUUAAAGAGAAAGAGCUGCAAGACAGCAUGAAUGUUUCUCCCCAUCUCUUUUGUUCGUAAACACAAUCAUCUCAGAUGGUGCAGAUUGCAGUUUCCAAAUGGUGCAUCAAAACUGAUUGAACUGGAGAGUCCCGAAGAGUAUGCAAG